CUCACAAACUCAUCUCCAUCUCUCUUUGUUUCUCCAAUGGCAACGAAACUCAUCAUAAAGAAAACAGUGAAACCAAUCAACCGUCACCAACGAUGCUACCUCCGCCGUCACCGUAAAACUCAAAUCGGAUGCACAUCCCCGGCGGCGACCGCCGUCAUCGAUUCCAUCAACAAAUCGAUUUACAGAUGUCAACGAAGCAUUCUCUGCUUAUUCUCCCGCGUCGACGGUCGUCCAGGAACCAGAGGAUUCAAAAUCCUUAAAUCUCACGAAUCCGCAAACAAUCUCCCAAAUCAGUAUUCUUUGUUUCACGAUAGAUCUGGUAAACCUUUCGACCAGAUGAGGAAGACGAUCGUGUUAGAUCUUGACGAGACGCUUAUUCACUCGUCGAUGGAGAAACCUGAAGUUCCGUACGAUUUCGUGGUGAAGCCUGAGAUCGACGGUCAGAUGUUGACGUUCUUCGUGAUCAAACGGCCAGGAGUGGAUGACUUCUUGAAGAAGAUUGGGGAGAAGUAUCAGAUCGUUGUUUUUACUGCGGGGCUGAGAGAGUACGCUUCUUUGGUGCUGGAUCAGUUGGAUCCAGAGAGGCGUUUGAUCUCGCGGAGCUUUUAUAGGGAUGCUUGUAGCGAGAUUGAUGGGAGGUUGGUGAAGGAUUUAGGGUUUGUGAUGAGAGAUUUGAGGCGCGUGGUGAUUGUUGAUGAUAAUCCAAAUGCUUACGCGCUUCAGCCUGAGAAUGCGCUUCCGAUUAAACCGUUUUGUGAUGAUUUGAAGGAUGUUGAGCUGAGGAAGCUUGGUGAGUUUUUUGAAGGUGAUUGUGAGAAGUGUGAAGACAUGAGAGUUGCUUUGAAGGAGUUUGUUGGAAGGGACUAGUGAUUUUUUUGGUUAAGUUGAUUAGUUUGUAUUAGAGGAUUUCAUUAAGAAGACAUUGAACAAUAGCUUGGUUUGUUCAGUUGUCUUGUGUGAAACAUCUUCAUGAAAAACAAUUUGUUUAUUUGUUUUUGAUUAGUGUCUGGUCUGUGGUUGAAUUAAGGGGGUUUAAUGAAGGUUUAUGAAAUUUGAGUUAUGAUGGUUUUUUAAGUUGGUGUCUUUAUUAGGCUUUUAUCUUAAACCGUAACACACUCUUCUAG